AAUACAUCUUCACCUGUCAUGAUGUCCAUGAGGAGCCCUGGCUCUGCCCAGCUGGCCCUGGAUGGCGUUGGCACCAUGGUGAACUGCACUGUCAAGUCAGAAGGGAAGAGGGAGCUCUGCCACGAGGCCCUCCAGGCCUCAGCCGCUGCCGCUGAACCCCAGCUGGGAGACCCAGCCCGGGCUCCCCAGGAUGGUGCUGACUCCCAAGCUCCAGCCCAGGACUGCAGCUCCCCGGAGAGCGUUGGGUGUCUGGAACCCAAGAGACCGGGAGGUUCUGAGGCUGCUUCUGGAAGCCAGGAGAAGCUGGACUUCAACCAAAAUUUAAAAGAAGUCGUGCCAGCCAUCGAGAAGCUGCUGUCCAGUGACUGGAAGGAGAGGUUUCUGGGAAGGAGCUCUGUGGAAACCAAAGAUGUGAAAGGGACCCAGGAGAGCCUGGCAGAGAAAGAGCUCCAGCUCCUGGUCAUGAUCCACCAGCUGUCUACCCUGAGGGACCAGCUCCUGACGGCCCAUUCAGAGCAGAAGAACAUGGCUGCCAUGCUGUUCGAGAAGCAGCAGCAGCAGAUGGAGCUGGCCCGGCAGCAGCAGGAGCAGAUCGCCAAGCAGCAGCAGCAACUGAUUCAGCAACAACAUAAGAUCAACCUCCUCCAGCAACAGAUCCAGCAGGUCAACAUGCCUUACGUCAUGAUCCCGGCCUUCCCCCCAAGUCACCAACCUCUACCUGUCACCCCCGAUUCCCAGCUGGCCUUGCCCAUACAGCCCAUCCCCUGCAAACCAGCGGAGUACCCCCUGCAGUUGCUACACAGCCCCCCCGCCCCGGUGGUGAAGAGGCCCGGGGCCGUGGCUGCCCAUCACCCCCUGCAGGAGCCCUCCCAGCCCCUGAACCUCACAGCCAAGCCCAAGGCCCCCGAGCUGCCCAAUGCUUCCAGCUCCCCCAGCCUGAAGAUGAACUGUGGACCCCGCCCCCCCAGCCAUGGGGCCCCCACACGGGACCUACAGUCCAGCCCGCCCAGUCUGCCAUUGGGCUUCCUUGGUGAAGGGGACGCUGUCACCAAAGCCAUUCAGGAUGCUCGACAGCUGCUGCAUGGCCACAGUGGGACCUUAGAGAGCUCCCCCAAUGCCCCCUUCCGCAAGGACCUCAUCAGCCUGGACACGUCCCCGGCUAAGGAGCGGCUGGAGGAGAGUUGUGUGCACCCCCUCGAAGAAGCCAUGUUGGGCUGCGACAUGGAUGGCUCCCGCCACUUUCCUGAGUCCCGGAACAGCAGCCACAUCAAGAGGCCCAUGAAUGCCUUCAUGGUGUGGGCCAAAGAUGAGCGAAGGAAGAUCCUCCAAGCCUUCCCGGACAUGCACAACUCCAGCAUCAGCAAGAUCCUUGGCUCCCGCUGGAAGUCCAUGAGCAACCAGGAGAAGCAGCCCUACUACGAGGAGCAGGCGAGGCUGAGCCGGCAGCACCUGGAAAAGUACCCGGACUAUAAGUACAAGCCUCGGCCCAAGCGCACCUGCAUCGUGGAGGGCAAGCGGCUGCGGGUGGGCGAAUACAAAGCCCUGAUGAGGACCCGGCGCCAGGACGCCCGCCAGAGCUACGUGACCCCCCCCCAGGCCGGCCAGCUGCAGAUGAGCUCCUCCGAUGUCCUGUACCCUCGGGUGGCAGGCGUGCCCCUGGCUCAACCCCUGGUGGAGCACUAUGUGCCCCGGAGCCUGGACCCCAACAUGCCUGUCAUCGUCAACACUUGCAGCCUCAGGGAGGAGGGUGAGGCCGCAGAAGACAGGCACUCGGUGGCUGACGGCGAGAUGUACCGGUACAGUGAGGACGAGGACUCGGAGGGCGAGGGGAAGAGCGACGGGGAGCUGGUGGUGCUUACAGACUGAUCCCGGCCCCAAGCCGAUGGGCACAGCCAGCCGGCCUGGACUACGUCGGUACUUGGACAUGCCCGGGAGACGGGCACAGCUGUGCACGUGUAGAUAGCCUCCUGAGGGGAGAUGCCCCACCACCUCCCCUGUGGCCGCACCCGAGGAGCUGCUGGCCGAGGGGGGCAGGACCUGUAGAGUGGCGAUGGGCCGAGCGCCGUGGCCCUUGGGGCUCGUGGCCAGCGGACACUGUGUGACCCUCCCUUCCUGCAGGUCUAUCACCCC